GCUCUUCCCGUGUUUGCGCCGAGUUGUCUCUGCCAACAGUGGAAGUUGUCGCACUCUUCUCUUCUGUAAUAAUCAGGAGCAGUUCUGUGGAACUUUCUGAAUCGAUCAAACGUCGAAUCCAGAAACGAUUGUUCGCUAUUCAAGAUGCGUUCCAGUUGGACAAGAUUCUGGGACAGCGGGCAUCGAUCCCAUAUCGCGUCCGAGACCAGUCGUCUGCUACCAAGUUACCAUGAGGAGUCGCUCGCAUCGGCAAUUCCAGCUGAGGAAGUCACGAAAGUCGCGCUCAGGUUGCGCUAUCUGAUUGAGCAAUGUGUACCUUGUGAGCUAGAGGAAGACCUCAUCACAAAGGCGCACAGCCGUGUUAUCACCCACAAGGUCAUACAGGCAGCUAAAGAAGCGGGCGGGAGCGAGUAUGGUGCCUGUGUGGUUUACGCCUUGCUAGUGAAUAAGAGAUGGUUUAAGAGGCAGGCAAUGCUGGAGAUUUGGGACGCGGAGCUACAUGAUGUCCGGGCAACCGCCGCGGAAGUUAUCGCGAAGCAAAUUAUUGAGGGUGAGGAAGAUAUGGAGUAUCUAAUGUCGGAAGUCAUGUUGAAGAGAUACGCCACUAUCAACGACGGCAGCCAGACAGCAGUAGCCAAUGUGAUUGAAAAGUCCGUUGACUUACACGCCCUGAGAGUCAUUGGGUCAUCUGGGUACCAGAAGACAGUGAAAUACCUGUGGAAAGGCUGGCUUGUGCAGGACGACAACGAUGCCACCACGUUUGUCGACUACAAGCAAAAGGCGAACCCGAACUACUGGGUACAUCUCAACCCCGAUCGCAUGCGCGCGCCAAUCUAUCAGAAUGCUACACAAGUCAUCGUCUCUCUCGUCUAUCUCGGCCUCUACACCGGAGCAAUUAACACGGUCAACCCAACUGGUGAUCUCGAUAUUACUGAGGUUCUUCUCUACGUCUUCACCUUGGGCUUCCUUUGCGACGAGUUUUCCAAGUUUUGGAAAGUCGGGCGCUUCUAUCUCGGUUUCUGGAACGUUUUCAAUCUCAUCCUCUAUUCUCUUCUCACCAUCUCGUUCGUAACUCGAUGCAUCGCUCUCUCUCAUCCGAUCGAAGAUGACCAUGAUGGCCAGCGCGAACGCUUCAACGAGCUAUCAUAUAAUUUCCUCGCCUUCUCAGCCCCUAUGUUUUGGGGCCGACUACUGCUUUUCAUGGAUACCUUCCGCUUCUUCGGCGCUAUGCUCGUCGUCCUGAAGGUCAUGAUGAAGGAGUCGUUGAUCUUCUUUGCCCUCUUAAUUGUGGUCAUUGUUGGAUUUUUACAGGCCUUCAUCGGCAUGGACAACGUGGAUAACAAGAGCGAUGCGACAGUUUUCAUCCUGCAGAACAUGGCCAAUGCUAUUCUUGGCUCGCCGGACUUCAGUGGCUUCGAUGCAUUUGCGCCGCCAUUCGGAAUCAUCCUCUACUAUAUCUUCACAUUCACGGUUAUGGUCAUUUUGCUGAACAUCCUAAUCGCGCUGUACAACUCUGCAUAUGAGGACAUUACAGGGAACGCCUUGGACGAGUACAUGGCUCUCUUUGCACAGAAGACGAUGCAGUACGUGAGAGCACCUGAUGAGAACGUAUUUAUCGCGCCCUUCAAUCUUAUCGAGAUUUUCGGACUCAUCCUACCAUUUGAGUGGUGGAUAUCGAAGCGUACAUAUAUGAAGCUCAACGACUAUGUCAUGGCGGUAAUAUACGCUCCGUUACUUAUUGUCGCGGCCUUCUUCGAGAUGCGAAGCGCGAGGGAUGUGACGAGCAACAGAAAGCGUGGAGAGGCAGACGAUGAUACGAUCGAAGAGUGGGAGCAGCUGGAUAGCAGUGAGUUGGAUCUUGAAGGAGAGGGGUGGACGAAGAGCGUCGAGAGUGCGAAGAGCAAUGUGGACCUUGACCAAGCUACGGUCGAGGUUAGGGAAUUGAGGGAGGAGUUGGGAGAACUGAAGGAGCUCAUGAAGAGCUUUCUUAAGGAGAAGCAGGGACAGAAGUCGGAAUCUUGAUUUUUGUAUAUGGAAGAAGGUUGGAGAAUUAUAGACGGGCAGGAUGAUACAUAUUAGGAGGGAUCUAAUACCAAAUGUGUUUUUUUUGCGUCGCGAAUGGCGGUAAAGCUAUGAAUUUGUUGAAAUUGAAUAUUUGACUUCAAUCCUUUAGAACCAGAG